AGUGCCAUGACAAGCGCUCAGCGACACAUGUGUCCGUUUCCCUGUGGGCUUGUGCCUCUCUCGUUCGAGGAUCCUGAGAGUAUUUAUUAGUGUCCAAACAGAAUGGCUUCUCUUGCUUCCAUUGACCCUAGUGCAUCGGUUUAUCAGCCAGCCCAGUUGCUCAACUGGGUAUACCUGACCCUUGCGGACCAGCCUAAUUCCAAUGACCAGGCGAAAUUCAACUUACCUCCUCUGUCUACGACGUUUCUUCAAUCCGGUAACAACUACAGUGGCUUUCAUAACAAUAGUUUCUCCAGUAAUGGUUACAACAGCAGCCUCAGUCCAGGUGCAUUAGCUGACCUUACCGACCACUUUUCUGAUCUGGCUCUUGGAUUUGAAAGAAAACCAACCAAGAAACCGCCGCCUAACUACCUGUGUCAUCUGUGUUUCAAGAAAGGACACUACAUCAAAGACUGUCCGCAGGCUAGGCCUAAAGGUGAAGGUUUAACGCCUUAUCAGGGAAAGAAGAGGUGUUUUGGUGAAUACAAGUGUCCCAAAUGUAAGCGAAAGUGGAUGAGCGGAAACAGCUGGGCCAAUAUGGGACAAGAGUGCAUCAAAUGCCACAUAAACGUUUAUCCUCAUAAACAGCGCCCUCUAGAAAAACCUGACGGCUUAGAUGUUUCUGAUCAAAGCAAGGAGCACCCGCAACAUCUCUGUGAAAAGUGCAAGACACUUGGAUAUUAUUGCCGUAGGGUUCAAUAAACCUACUAUGUAGGGGGAAAAAAAGAGAGCCUACGUGACAUGUUGGACAUAUUGACCUGCAUUGCAUACUCAUAACUUAUAUGUUUUUAUAUUUUUGUGCAGUAUUUAAGUUGAAGGUUGUUGUUUGAUAGUAACCUUUAUAAUCAUUCAACGUUGCAGAAAUAACGUAGAGCUUAAAUGUUGUAAACAUAGUGAAUCCCUUUGUUUGUUUUUUAGUUGAUGAAAAUAUUUAUACGUUUUGAUUAUUAACAGAAAAA